ACAAACAUAGCACCAGGGAGAGCUAUUAGCAGCAGCAGAAGAUCACCCAGGAGCUCUAAGAUGUUUAUUUAUUAGAGUUUUCCUGUUGCUUAAAGUCCUGACCUCCUCACUAAGCAAUUUGGAGUCAAUGUGGAUAGAAUGGCGAAUAGUGUGAUCAGUUUGUCAACUUCUGAGACCCGUCGGUCUAAUGAUUAUUCUCCUGACUGGACUCCGUACUCACAGUCGUUCCUGCUUGACUGGACAACCAACACAUUGUAGGAAACAUGAACCCUGAGUCUCUGGACAGGUCCAUCCAGAACACCCUCUCAGACCUCUACCCUCCUUUCGAGGCCACAGCCCCCACUGUCCUGAGCCAGCUCUUCCAGGUCAUAGAGGAACGUUACCAAGGAGACGCACUCAAGUGUCUGCUGGACUUCCUCAUUACAGCCAAACACAUCCUUGAGAGUGUUCAGCAGGCUGCCUGUGCCCAGUACUCUGAUGUGGUGUUCCGCUGUGAGGGCUGGCCUCUGUGUCUGCAUGAGAAGGUGGUGAUCCAGCUUGCCUCCAUCAACCCCUUAUUGCUGCGCCCAGGGGACUUCUACCUGCAGGUGGCACCCUUUUCUGAACAGUCCGCCCGCAUUGUGGUCCGGAGCCUGCUGGGGGAGGAGGAGGGACAGGGUCGGGAGGUAGAGGAGACACCCAUCCCUGAGACCUCCUACCCCUGCAUCUUCACUGAGGACUGGCUGGGGGAACUCAACCAUGGCCGCCAUGGCACCCUUCUCAGCCACUGUAUCCUCUCCACAGACCAGGGCAUGGUGAAGGUGCCAUGGGCACAGGUGGCUCUACCUGAGUUUGUGGAUAAACCCAGAACUAUGGCCUUGUCAUCUCCUAACCCUGCUGCUAUUCAACAGGAGAAAGUGGCAAGGCCAGUGCCCUCGUUGGCGCUGCCUCCCCCUGCCUCUGGGUACUCUGUGGAGACCAGGAUCUCUCCUGCUAAACAUGGCAUUGCGGUGUCGCUGUGUCUGGUGGACAGUAACUGCUCCAGGCUGGUUAAGGUGGAUCAGGAUAGGCCUGUGGCUAAGCCAAUCGGCUGGGUGUCUCCCAACACAUGGGACAGCCGCAGCAACAACACCUCUGAAGUUGAGGGGGAAUACAUAGACUUGUUGGAGUUCACUAAGCAGAAAGAAGCGUUGCUCAGUGGGGCUCACAGUCACACACACCCCAGAGCACCCAUAUUUAGGCCUGUUACCCUCAACAGGCCUGGUGUUCCUUCGGCUCCAGCCCUGCCCCCGCCCCCGGCCUUGGCUCCUGCCCCCCACCGGCCCCUCAGGGAACCGUUACACUGUGGCCGGACCGUCCGAUUCCCCGAAGACUCCCCCUGCACCCCUUGCAUGAGGAGGAGAAUGGGCCAGGUGUCCAAAGCACAGGAGAUCAGGUGCCGGUACAGAGAGUCUUACCAUUCAGCGCUGCAGAACCCUGUUACCUUUGAGAGAGACAAUAGACUGAAUACACUGGUGGUUCUGGAGGAGGCUAGUCUAUGUGAGGGGAGACUGGGACCAGAGGGUAAAGAAUUAUGUCCUGGUCCCUCCCAGCAGUGCUACUAUCCAGACCCAGGUCACCAUAACCAGACUCCCCCUGUUAGCACGGUUCCCUGUUGGAAGUCUGGAGAAAGAAACACUAUAUCCAGUGGAAUUUUACAAGGCCUGAAUGACACCAUAGAGGAUGAUGGGAGAUGUCCCUCCUCUCUGUCGACCACUAUUGUGGACAUAUCAGAGAAGUGUGAAGUUGCGAUACAAGGAAGAAAAAGAAGGGACAUUGACUUCAAUACAAAGAUGAUUCCCAGCUUACAUGUAGUGAAAUGUAAAAACACGACAGCUUUUGGACUGGUUUCCCAAAAGAUGAACAGGCGGAGACUGCCCAACCAAGAUGUCUCCCAGGCUGGCCAACCCUUCAUACCCGUUACAAACGGACACCAGACCCCUCCACUUGAAAUUACCCAGCAGCCCCUGGGUCACUAUGCUGUGCCCAGUUCUAAGGUCCUGUUACCAGCCUCAGCAGAACACAGCACUCACCAUCUCCAGAUGGGAGUCGCAUGUCUAACUGGUGGCAGAGACAGGACAGGUCGGUUGGUGGUUGAGGUGCACGGAGACAAGGAAGGAUGGAGAUCUCCUUUGGUGUCAAGUCUGGAACUCAGCAAACUUCUGCUCUAUCUCCACUCUGUAAUCAAGCGAGAACUAAGAGAACUUGGAAUGACACUAGUUAUUGAUGCUCGGAAGACUCCACCUCCACCACAGUUCAAUAAGGCCUUGUUGGUGGUUCAGGAGCAGAUUCCCCAUGCAAUACACAGUGUCUUGAUCCUAGUGGAGAAGGAGAGCUGCCAUCGCACAGAGAAAUGUCCUAGACUACAGAUUGCUGUGGUGACCUCACUGAAGGGGUUGCACAAGCUAGUGGAGGGGAGUCAGCUGACCUCAGGCCUAGAGGGCACCCUUCCCUACAACCACAUUGACUGGCUACAGCUCCAUCAGAAACUUCAUCCCUUUAUGUCAGAUCUCCAGGAGGCCUCAGGUUUGCUACUAACAGCCAUCAGGAAACUAGAGGAAGGCCGUAAGAUUGACACAGUGCAGGAUGUACAGAGGUGUAUUCUAGAACAGAGAACUCUGAUGAAGGAUGUUCUGGAGGACAGACGGUUGGUCGUUUUGCAAAGGGAGGGAGGAGCCAUGCUGGCUAGACUGAGAAGGGAGAGUGACCUCAGAUACUCUCACUGUGAGGAUUACAGUGUUGCAGUGGAUUCUGUGACCUGCAUGUACAACCAUGUAGAGGAGCAGGCCCAUGUGCUGGUGCACAGAUCCAACAUUUCCCUGGAGCACCUUGAAUACCUGCUCCAACUCAGAGAAAUGGAGGGCCAUUUCUCUAAGAUCAGGGAAUGGUUUGAUGCAGAAGGGGAACGGCGGUUGUUGGAGGCAGAAUCCGUGGAGGACUCUAGAAAAAGAGUGGAGCAGACUCUCCGUAGUUUCAGUGCAUUCCUCACUAAAGCCAAUGAGCAUAAGCACAAGGCUAUGGCCCUGGUGACGGAGGCAGAGAAGAUCCAGGGCCCAUCCCCAUACCCUGAGACUGAGGUGUUCAGGACCAUGGUCUGCACCUUCAAAUCUGGCCUGGCUGACUUCCUCUCCCGGGCAGAGAGGUGCUGUAGUGAGCUGGAGACUAUGGUCACUGUGUGCAACUUCUGUGAGCAGGCUACUGAGCUGGCCAAAGACUGCAGACAAUACCUGGACCAGGUUGUCAGACGCCCAGAGACGGAUGAUGUCUCUACACUCCAGGUGUACCAGGAGAGCUUUGUCCAGUUCUCCCCAGAGCUCUUCCAGGAGGUGAAGGGCCAGGCGUGUGCUUUGAGGGGCUCCAGGGGCAUGCGGGUGUGGAACGUAGCGUGGCUAAAGUGUCAGGAGGUCAGGCAGCAGCUAGAGGAGAGACUACAGGAUGUGGACAGGGCCUUGCGGAACACAGGCCCCUGGCAUGAACAACUUAGAGCUCGUGAGGAUGAGGCCUUGGUUCAUACAGUGACUCAUCGUGGUGGAGUUCUGGUACUGCCCAGACCUGGUCUACCACACUGGUACAAUCCGCCAUCAGGCUCUAUGAUGGGAAGGUAUCACGGGGCCUUGGAGAGCAGGAACAACUCUGUGACCUGCUGUAAUAUAAACUUCAAGCCUGAGAAUAACAGACCUUGUAAACGGUCAAAGACCACCACAAUGCCGGCCUCUCCCCAUAUCAGAUCCAUUAGGAGAGCGGAGAGAGAGCCCAGUGGGAGAGAGGCCUGCCGAGGGAGGAGCAGAGAGGACGCCACCCUUGCCGACUUGCACACUGUGGGCUGUGAGUGGUUCCCGUGGCAACGCGGGGGCCUUGUCCGGUCCAUGAGCGAGGACUCGUGUGCGACCGCCACUUCCAGUCAGUCUGAGUCUUGCGUCCAGACGCCUUCCUGCUCCCACGGGAAACCCUCCUGUCGGAUCCUGCAGGCCGCUCAGAAGUUCCAGAUCUCACGGCAUGGCAGCUUCUGCUCAGAGGAAUCCUGUAGUGUCCGAGAGGGGGCAGAGAGGACCUCUUCAAGGAAUGUUAGCCCAUCAGUGAGGAGGUGUGAGGGAACAACAUCAUUGGCAAGUUCAGAGGAGAAGGCUGGCAAUAUUAUAAAGCUACAGCGGAUCAUGGCGGAGCUACUGUUGACAGAGAGGGAGUAUGUGCGCUCCCUGGGUUACAUCCUGACUCAUUACCUCCCCCUGCUGGAGAGGCCUGACGUGCCACAAGACCUGCGGGGCAAACGUGGAGUCAUCUUUGGGAACCUGGAGAAGCUGUAUGACUUCCAUGGCCAUUUCUUCCUCAGAGAGCUGGAUGCCUGUCAGACAGAGCCUUUACAAGUGGCUCGCUGCUUCCUAAGACACAGAGACAGUUUAGGCCUCUAUGCUCUCUACAGCAAGAACAAGCCUCAAUCAGAUGCCUUAAUCCUUCACCAUCGCCCUGACAUCUUCAAGAGGAAGCAGCAGGAGCUGGGGGAUCACAUGGACCUGUCCUCCUACCUGCUGAGGCCCAUCCAGAGGAUCAGUAAGUACAGCCUGCUUCUGCAGGACAUGCUGGGGAUGUGUGGGCCUCAGAGAGACAGGGAAGAGCUCCAGGCUGCAGCCGAAGUGGUCCGCUUCCAGAUGCGUCAUGGCAACGACCUCCUCACCAUGGACGCCAUCCAGGACUGUGACGUGAAUCUGAAGGAGCAGGGCCAGCUGAUUCGCCAGGAUGAGUUCAUCGUGUUCUUCAGAAAGAAGAAAUGCUCCCGCCGUAUUUUCCUCUUCCAGGAUCUCAUCCUCUUCAGCAAGACCAAGAAGACCAAUGUGGGCAAUGAUGUGUACAUCUACAAACAGUCUUUCAAGACAUCUGAUAUCGGGAUGACACAUAACUCUGGAGAGAGUGGUUUCUGUUUUGAGAUCUGGUUCCGGCGGAGGAAGUUCCAGGACACGUACACUCUGAAGGCUGACAGGGCAGAGGUGAAAAGGGCCUGGACCAGAGACCUGGAGCAGAUCCUCUGGGAACAAGCUGCCUACAACAGAGAACUGAGGAUACAGGAGAGAGUGUUCAUGGGCACGGGGAGGAACCCUUUCAUGGACAUACAGCCUAACGAGGCAGCCAUCUGUGACAGGGCCACCAACUGUGUCCUGCUAGGAAGAGCUCCUGUGCCGUCUUUUCCACAAACAGAUCUUGAAUGUCUCCGGCCCAACUCCAUUGGUUCAGGCAGUAGUGCCUCUACCUCCUGCAGCCACUCAUCUUCCUCCUCUGGACGAGGUUCUUUACCUCCUGUAGGUUACCCUGGUAACCAGAUACAAGGUGGGGAAACCAAUCACAUUGUCUAUUCCUCCCCGGAGACUAUGACUGAAGAUGACCCCAAUAACCAUCAUAAUCACCAGAAACAAAACCUUCAUCUUCUCAUGGACAGCAUGGAGUCGUCAGGUGAGAGUGGCAGUGUGUUCAGCAGCUCGGAGUGCAGCUGCCUCUCUGCCAUUGGUGGAGAGGUGGAGGACUCGUCAUCUGUCCUGUCCCAGAGCUCCCAGUCCCGUGUCACCCAGAGAACAGCAGCACCCAAUCUCAGGAAGAACCGCUCUCCUGCUACGAUCAGGAAGAAGCCCUCCAUUGCUCCCAAACCACCAGUGCUGGCUGCUCCUCAGAGCCUGCAAAAGGGCAAAAACAUGGUUGCUAUAGGAAAAUCAACAGAAGUUUAACCAGUGGAUUUAAUGGCAGCUGGUUUGAACAUCAACUCACACUGAUGUUGUGCAAUCAGAAGAAAUGGGAACAACCUCUUUCAAUGGAAUGUGAAUCCUGACAUCUCAGAGGUCACAGGCCAUGACUAAACAUUGUGACCUGACUGACCAAGCGUAGCCCUUUUGGUCAGCACAUAGCCAUCGGUUAAGCAUCAGAUAACAUUGUUGUGUAGGUCACCCUGUUGAACUGAAUGCUCCUCUACCAUAGCCCCCCUCCGCUGUACUGAACAGUUUGUGUCACAAAUGGGUUACAUACAAUAUCAGUAAACAAAUUACUCAUUGAGAUAUUCUUUAUUUACAUCUGGGUAGUCAUUUAAUUAUAACCUCUGUGUUUAUUCAUGUAUGUGACAUAAAACAAUAAAAGGUUCAUGAAUUUUUAAAAAGUUAGUUAUUCUUUUUCAGAAGUUAAAUUUUUUUUGUUAUAGUAUAUGCAGACCUGCAUGCAGGUGUGAAGUUUAGAUGUGAGUCCUUAAGAUUAGAGAUUCUUCAAAGUAGCCACCCUUUGCCUUGACGACAGCUUUGCACACUCUUGGCAUUCUCUCAACCAGCUCCACCGGGAAUGCUUUUCCAACCGUCUUGAAGGAGUUGCCACAUAUGCUGAGCACUUGUUGGCUGCUUUUCCUUCACUCUGCGGUCCAACUCAUCCCAAACCAUCUCAAUUGAAUUGAGGUCGGGUGAUUGUGGAGGCCAGGUCAUCUGAUGCAGCACUCUAUCACUUUCCUUCUUGGUCAAAUAGCCCUUACACAACCUGGAGGUGUGUUUGGUCAUUGUCCUGUUGAAAAACAAAUGAUAGUCCCACUAAGUGCAAACCAGAUGGGAUGGUGUAUUGCUGCAGAAUGCUGUAGAAGCCAUGCUGGUUGACUGUGCCUUGAAUUCUAAAUAAAUCACAGACAGUGUCACCAGCAAAGCACCCCCACACCAUCAGACCUCCUAAUCAAUGCUUCACGGUGGGAACCACACAUGCAGAGAUCAUCCAUUCACCUACUCUGCGUCUCACAAAGACACGGCGGUUGGAAAAAAAAUCUCCAAUUUGGAUUCAUCAGACCAAAGGACAGAUUUUCACCAGUCUAAUGUUCAUUGCUCAUGUUUCUUGGCCCAAGCAAGUCUCUUCUUCUUAUUGGUGUCCCUUAGUAGUGUUUUCUUUGCAGCAAAUCGAACAUGAAGGCCUGAUUCACGCAGCCUCCUCUGAACAGUUGAUGUUGAAAUGUGUCUGUUACUUGAACUCUGUGAAGCAUUGAUUUGGGCUGCUUUUUCUGAGGCUGGUAACACUAAUGAACAUAUCCUCUGCAGCAGAGGUAACUCUGGGUCUUCCUUUCCUGUGGCGGUCCUCAUGAGAGCCAGUUUCAUCAUAGAGCUUGAUGGUUUUUUGACUGCACUUGUAGAAAUGUUCAUGUCUUAAAGUAAUGAUGGACUGUCAUUUCUCUUUUCUUAUUUGAGCAUUUCUUGCCAUAAUGUGAAAUUAAUGUGAAAUUCCACAAAUUAACUUUUAACAAGGCACACCUGUUAAUUGAAAUGCAUUCCAGGUGACUACCUCAUGAAGCUGGUUGAGAGAAGGUCAAGAGUGUGAAAAGCUGUCUUUUUUUUUUUUUACCUUUAUUUAACCAGGCAAGUCAGUUAAGAACAAAUACUUAUUUUCAAUGACGGCCUAGGAACAGUGGGUUAACUGCCUGCAGAACGACAGAUUUGUACAUUGUCAGCUCGGGGGUUUGAACUCGCAACCUUCCGGUUACUAGUCCAACGCUCUAACCACUAGGCUACCCUGCCCAGCUAAGAGAAAGGGUGGCUACUUUGAAGAAUAUCAAAUAUAUUUUGAUUUGUUUAACACUUUUUUGGUUACUACAUGAUUCAAUAUGUGUUAUUUUAAGGUUUUGAUGUCUUCACUUUUAUUCUACAAUGUAGAAAAUAGUGAAAACAAAGAAAAACGCUUGAAUGAGUAGGUGUGUCCAAACUUUUGACUGGUAUUGUAUAGUAAGUGGUAUAGCUUUACAAUAGGCUGAAUUUACAAACUUACAUUUCACUAUGGCAUCUAUAUGUGAUGAAAACCAUUUGAACCAUGUUGAGGAAGGAACUAACGUGAUCAAAAAAAGCUUCAAGGAGGACGUGGCUUGACAGACAAAAUGGUCAUAUUACAAAUACUACAAGUAUCCCUGGAGUAACAUUGAAGCGAGGAUAUCAUUCAAGCACACUCUCUAAACCAGUAACACCAGACAUUAUUUAAACUAUUGGAUCAAGUUACAGACUUACUGCCAUGCUCUGAUCUGUUUCACUUGUCCUUGUGCUUGUCUCCACCUCCUCCAGGUGUCGCUCAUCAUCCCCGGUGCAUUUAUCCCUGUGUUUUCUGUCUCUCUGUGCCAGUUUGUCUUGUUUGCCAAGUCAACCAGCGUUUAUCUCUUAGCUCCUGUUUUUCCCAGAAGCACGUUUUUCCUAGGCCUCCUGGUUUAGACCCUUGCCUGUCCUGGCCAGUCUUCCUGCCCUGACCUCGAGAUUGUCUAAUGCCCUGUACUGUUUGGACUCUGACCUGGUUUAUGGACUCUCGCUUGUACCCGACCUGCCUACCCCUGGUGUUAUAAUAAAUAACGGAGUUCAAC